GGUCUCCCGGCCGGAAUUGGGGGUGAAGCCACAGCGUUGUGCCCACAUUCGGGGCGCGCGGAGCUGCGGGGUCCCUGGGGGACGCCCGGAGCUAAGAUGGCGUCCGAAGCUGAGGGGGACUUGGGGACGGUGGCGGAGCUGACGAAGGUGCUGCGGUGGGGUUUCGAGGACCUGAGCCUUAACAAGUUGGCGGCGUCCCUCGGCGCGUCGGAACAGGCGCUGCGGCUCAUCAUCUCCAUCUUCCUGGGAUACCCCUUGGCUCUGUUUUAUCGGCAUUACCUUUUCUACAAGGACAGCUACCUCAUCCAUCUCUUCCACACCUUCACAGGCCUCUCAAUUGCUUAUUUUAACUUUGGAAACCAGCUCUACCACUCCCUGCUAUGUAUUGUGCUUCAGUUCCUCAUCCUUCGACUAAUGGGCCGCACCAUCACUGCCGUCCUCACCACCUUUUUCUUCCAGAUGGCCUACCUUCUUGCUGGAUAUUAUUAUACAGCCACGGGCAACUAUGAUAUCAAGUGGACAAUGCCACACUGUGUCCUGACUCUGAAGCUGAUCGGUUUGGCUGUUGACUACUUUGAUGGAGGGAAAGACCAGAAUUCCUUGUCCUCUGAGCAACAGAAAUAUGCCAUUCGGGGUGUCCCCUCCCUGCUGGAAGUUGCUGGUUUUGCCUACUUCUAUGGGGCCUUCUUGGUAGGGCCCCAGUUCUCAAUGAACCACUACAUGAAGUUGGUGCAGGGGCAGCUGACUGACGUCCCAGGGAAGAUACCAAACAGCGUCAUUCCUGCUCUCAAGCGUCUGAGUCUGGGCCUCAUCUACCUAGUGGGCUACACUCUGCUCAGCCCCCACAUCACGGAAGACUAUCUCCUCACUGAGGACUAUGAAAACCACCUUUUCUGGUUCCGUUGUUUGUACAUGCUGCUCUGGGGCAAGUUUGUGCUGUACAAAUACGUCACCUGUUGGCUGGUCACAGAAGGAGUGUGCAUUUUGACGGGGCUGGGCUUCAAUGACUUCGAAACCAGUGGAAAGGCCAAGUGGGAUGCCUGUGCGAACAUGAAGGUGUGGCUCUUUGAAACAACCCCCCGCUUCACUGGCACCAUCGCCUCUUUUAACAUCAACACUAAUGCCUGGGUGGCCCGUUACUUCUUUAAACGACUCAAGUUCCUUGGGAAUAAAGUAUUAUCCCAAGGUCUCUCAUUGCUCUUCUUGGCCCUCUGGCAUGGCCUGCACUCAGGAUACCUGGUCUGUUUCCAGAUGGAAUUCCUCAUUGUUAUCGUGGAAAGACAGGCGGCCAGCCUAAUCCGAGACAGCCCAACUCUGAGCAACCUGGCUUCCAUCACUGCCCUACAGCCCGUCUACUAUUUGGUGCAGCAGACCAUCCACUGGCUCUUCAUGGGUUACUCGAUGACUGCCUUCUGCCUCUUCACUUGGGACAAAUGGUUUAAGGUAUAUAAAUCCAUCCAUUUUCUUGGCCACGUCUUCUUCUUGAGCCUACUAUUCAUAUUGCCUUACAUUCGCAAAGUGAUGGUGCCAAGAAAGGAGAAGUUAAAGAAAAUGGAAUAAUCUGUUUCCCUGGUGGCCUAGAGCGGGACUGUGCAGGAACAGCUCAUCUCCCUUUUCACAGCACUCCAUCGCCUCAGAGCACAGAACGCAGAGGAGUGGAAAGACAGGGCACCCCUUGGGGUGCCUCUGUUGCCAGCCAAGUCUUCAUCUGGGGCCAAAGGGGACACUCUCAUGGGAGGAGUUAGAGGGGCCCACGUCUCCCCUCCAGGCUCCCCCAUGCACGUUGCCUUAUCUCUCCCCUACAGCCAGGAAUCUUGUUUUUCUCCUGCCAAUUUACUAUGAUUGUAUAUGUGCCCCUGCCACCACCCCCCCCAUGGGGGGGAGAGGAGGGGUACAAGGCCCCGCCUGCUCCACUUUUUCUACCGUGGAACUGUACCAGAUAAAGUCACUUCUGUUUGUUCAGUUUUUCA